UCCUUCCAUCCUGCUUGAAAACAACAGCCAAUAGCGUCGUGGCGCCGAGCGGGGCUUGCGUUUAGCCACAUUUUGCGACCCUCAGCUAGCUCGGUUAAAGGUCCAGUCAGUCAGCGCUCACCCUGCAUCUCCGCCCACCCCAAGUUUGUAGCUCCAAAUCAUGGCGGCCCUCAAAGCUUUGUGCAGAGCGGAAAAUAUACUUUUGAAAACCUACCACAGAACCAAAUUAAACUUCGCCAUCCACCAAUUGAGCAAGACCUGUGGCUCUUACUUUUCCACAUCAAGUCAGAAAAAUUCAAAGUUCUACUCAGAUCCUGUAGAAGCAGUUAAAGAUAUCCAUAAUGGAGCUACCAUUCUUGUGGGAGGCUUUGGAUUAUGCGGAAUUCCGGAGAAUCUCAUCAACAGUUUACUGAAGACUGGCGUUAAGGGCAUCACUGCAGUCAGUAACAAUGCAGGAGUGGAUAACUUUGGCCUGGGCCUGCUGCUCCAGACUAAGCAGAUCAAGAGGAUGAUCUCCUCAUAUGUUGGAGAGAAUGCAGAAUUUGAGCGACAGUAUCUGUCAGGGGAGCUGGAAGUGGAACUAACGCCUCAGGGUACUCUUGCAGAAAGAAUCAGGGCAGGAGGGGCUGGGGUUCCAGCCUUCUUCACUGCUACUGGCUAUGGUACUCUUAUCCAAGAGGGUGGCUCUCCGAUCAAGUACAACAAAGAUGGUAGCAUUGCCAUUGCCAGUGAAGAGAGAGAGGUGAGGGAGUUUGGUGGCAGGCACUACGUCAUGGAGAAAGCCAUCACUGGAGAUUUUGCACUGAUCAAAGCUUGGAAAGCUGACAAGGCUGGAAACAUUGUUUUCAGGAAAACAGCUAGGAACUUCAACCAGCCCAUGUGCAAGGCAGCCAAAACCACAAUAGUUGAGGUGGAAGAGGUGGUGGAAGUCGGGACUUUUGCUGCAGAGGAUAUCCACAUACCCAGCAUCUAUGUCCACAGGGUUGUCCAGGGCGCCAGUUAUGAAAAAAGGAUUGAGAAACGCACAGUAAGGAAAAGCCAAGAAGAGAAGCCCAAGCCAAAGAAGGAAUCUGACAUUGUUCGAGAGAGGAUCAUUCGCAGGGCUGCUCUGGAGUUUGAGGAUGGCAUGUAUGCUAACCUUGGUAUUGGUAUCCCCAUGCUGGCCAGCAACUUUAUAAAACCAGACAUCACUGUACACCUCCAGAGUGAAAAUGGGAUUCUGGGACUGGGUCCCUACCCCACUGAGGAUGCAGUAGAUGCAGACCUGAUUAACGCUGGGAAGGAGACUGUCACUGUGCUCCCUGGGGCGGCGUAUUUCUCCAGUGAUGACUCAUUUGCUAUGAUCCGAGGGGGUCACAUCAACCUGACAAUGCUGGGCGCCAUGCAGGUGUCAAAACAUGGAGAUCUAGCCAACUGGAUGAUCCCAGGUAAGAUGGUGAAAGGAAUGGGAGGAGCCAUGGAUUUGGUGGCAAGCGCUGGAACUAAGGUGGUGGUCACCAUGGAGCACUCAGCUAAGGGAGGAAAACACAAGAUACUGGACAAGUGCAGCCUGCCUUUGACAGGGAAACAAUGUGUGGAUCGGAUCAUCACAGAAAAGGCUGUGUUUGAUGUCGAUAAGACAAAAGGUCUGACCCUGGUAGAAAUAUGGGAGGGACUUACUCCCGAAGAUAUCAAGGGAUGCACUGGCACAGAUUUUGAGGUGUCUCCCAACCUGAAGCCUAUGCAGCAAAUUUAGAGGAGCUUCCACUGGCCUUAGAGAUGUGUUUUUGGUUUGUCAGUUCAUUUCUCUGUGAUAAACAUCAGGUUAUUUAACAGCCUGAAAUGGGUCAAAUAAGCUUUUAAAAAACAUACCUGGUUCAGUUUUCUUGGCAAUCAGCAUGCAGCUGUCAAAUAUUUACCUCUGUAUUAUUAACUAAAUUGGAUUAACAGAAGUCACUGUACACGGUUAUUUUUGUGGUCUUAGAAAGAAUGGGGAAAAUUGCAUUGUUGCCUAUUACACAUUUAAGUUAUUAAUUUUUUUUUUUUUUACUUAUGUGAGUCUUUUACCAAAUCAUCAGUUUGAAAAUUGCUUUAAAAAUAUUGAUAUUAUUUUGUUUUUUCCAACUUUGCUAGUAUUUUCAAAAGAAAUGAUGCAAAAACUCUUUUGAAUCAGAGUUUCUGGGAAAUAAAUAAGAAAGGUCAAGUAUUUCCAACCGUGAGACAAUUUCCAGUGUUUUGGGUCUCUACACUAUAACAGUAGGUGUUAAAAGUAGCAAUCAAUAUGCAGUCAAGUGGAAACAAGCAGUAAUUCAACAAUCACAAUAUAUAAUAUGAAACAUUGCAACUUUUUAUAUCAGCUCCAGACCUCUCCCGCCUGCUUCAUUGGUGAAGGAACAACAGUGGGAUGUGCGACACCAUUCAUUAUUUGGGCGAACGACUACAUAUUAUCCAACUGUAACUUUAAUAUGAUUGAUAAACUGAAAAGCGUGCCUGUGUCUAAGGCUACGUUCACACUGCAGGCGAAAGCGCAUCAAAUCCGAUUUUUUUGACCCUAUGCGACCCAUAUCUGAUCA